ACCGGCCAGGCCGCGGCAGGCGCUGUUUCUCUUUCACUUUCCUUCCCUCGGAGGCCGGCGCGCUGGCGGCGAGGAGCGGCGGUGGCGGCAGCCGCGGGAUAUGGGAAAGCAGAACCACCAAAAGGAGUGAUGACCAGCGAUCUCAUGAGAAGUCUGGAUGUUAGUUCUCAUGCCUCAGGACAUCCAGUUGGGAACUCCACACCAGCUCCUGGGAUCAGACUUUCAUCCACUUAAUACCCCUGUUUGCCUGAACUACUAGAGCCAGUCCUAGCUAACCACGAAUGGCUACCCAGAGGAAACACUUGGUGAAAGAUUUCAAUCCUUACAUCACUUGCUAUAUCUGUAAAGGGUAUCUGAUCAAGCCAACUACAGUGACGGAAUGCCUCCAUACCUUCUGUAAGACUUGUAUUGUCCAGCACUUUGAAGACAGCAAUGAUUGUCCAAGGUGUGGCAACCAGGUUCAUGAGACAAACCCGUUAGAAAUGUUGAGGUUGGAUAACACAUUAGAGGAAAUUAUAUUUAAGUUGGUCCCUGGACUACGAGAACAAGAACUUGAGCGUGAGUCUGAAUUUUGGAAGAAAAACAAGCCUCAAGAAAAUGGACAAGAUGAUACUUCAAAAGUUGACAAACCUAAAGUAGAUGAAGAAGGUGAUGAAAAUCAAGAUGAUAAAGACUAUCACAGAAGUGACCCACAAAUUGCUAUAUGUCUAGAUUGUUUACGAAAUAAUGGACAAUCAGGGGACAAUGUAGUAAAGGGUUUAAUGAAGAAAUUCAUUCGGUGUUCUACACGUGUAACUGUGGGAACUAUUAAAAAAUUUCUAAGUUUAAAACUAAAACUUCCAAGUUCUUAUGAGUUGGAUGUGCUGUGCAAUGGUGAAAUUAUGGGGAAGGAUCAUACUAUGGAGUUCAUCUACAUGACAAGAUGGCGACUAAGAGGCGAAAACUUUCGGUGUCUGAACUGCUCAGCUUCGCAAGUCUGCCCUCAGGAUGGCCCUUUGUAUCAGUCAUACCCCAUGGUAUUGCAGUAUCGACCAAGGAUUGAUUUUGGUUAGACCACGGGGCCUAGAUCCCACUGAACGAAUCCUGCACUACGUGUUUACUCAUCGACAGACUGCACAGUGAACGGCGUGUGGACUGGGGGGGCACAACCAGACUUGCAGCAUGCGAAUAAGGCCAUUGUCUGUCUCUAGAUUGUCAGUUGCAUUUUUGUUGUUUCUAUUAAGAGCAAACCAAGUGCCAUUCUGCUACUGAACCAUCUGCAUAAGGUAUCUGUGCUGUCUCACAGUGUACAAUACAAGUCAUGGUUGAAAUCAGUUAGGUGUGCAGCCACGAUUCAGCCUUCUGAAUAUUUUGCUUGCCUGUUCCAAGAUUGUUCUCAUGUUUGAUUACACUAGUAAUAUGGCUCAAUCUUUGUGGUGUUGCAGUUUUCACAUACUUACUAUUUGAUUAAUUCUUGUUUAAAUAGAGUACUGUACAAGGAACUAAUAAUUAUUAUAUCUUGAAAUUAUUUUGUAUGGGAAAUAUAUUUAGAAAAGUGGUCCUUGUGCCACUGUCCUGUUCUCAGUAAGCUUUUUGUGUGCAAAAUAGUUCACUCUUGAGUGUGCAAGUCCUUUGGGGAAGAAUUCCAAUUGUUCUUUAUAUUAGAGCACAUCAUAAUUGUAGGCAUUUUGAGUCAUCUGUCUGUGUAGUCUACCAGUCGCACAGGGAGGGCCUGUUCACCCUCCAGAAAACGUAUGUGACUUCUUGGAGAGCUGAAGUGAGAUUCACAACCAUUUGAAAUGUUGGCAGCUGAUCACAUUUACUUCUAACAAAAUUAAUGUGUAAGUGAGGUUAAUCUUUCAUGAUGCCUUAUGACGAGCGGGUGCUGCUUCAUGAAAUGUCAUCGCCGUCAUGUAGCCCACUUUAUGUGUGCAUUGUUAUACUGUGGCUCUUAUCUAAUGAAGUACAUUGUUUCCCUUUUUCAGUUGGCCUUAGGUGUGUGUCAUUGUGGCAUGCAGAAGGUUAUGAUGAUUUAAGUAUUAGGAUUUUUAGAGCAGGUGACAUUAGCUAUUUUAUGGAUUUCAAAAAUCUCAAAGCAAUUGUAGAUUAAAACUGUUAGUAACCUGUCACAUUUCCAAACCAUAUGCAUAAAAUAGAAAAAGUGCAGUGUAGUAGAUAAAUAUGCUAACCAGAAUUAAUGGUUUGAGGAUAUUUCAUUUUAGAUCCUGUAGUAAUCAGGGGGAAAUGGGAUUAUUGUUUUAUACAUAAGUUCUUUAAGGUCAGAGCUAUGAUAAUGUCCUUGAGUUUGCAUUUUUUUUAAGUCUUCCAUUCAUUUUGAGAUGAGUCUGCAAGUCAAAAAAAGUCUUGUCACCUUAAAUUAUAUGAAGAACUUCAUUUUAAACCUCUUAACAUUUACAUUAUUUUUCAUAAACUUCUUUGGAAAUUAAGUUUUAGUA